AAAUCAAUUCGAACCUCCAUUGAAAUCGGAUACCCUCCUUGAGCUGAGCGCCGACGAAGUAGAGAAGAGAAAGAAGGAGAUGUCGAUUAAUUAUCUGCCAAAGCUUCCUACCCAUCUCUCCAUCUUCACUUCACAGCCUCCCCAAGUCUUCAGAUUCAGACCACCCUUCUUUACCGCCGCACUCCCGUCUACAGCUCAAGAUAAACCCAUUUCUAAUUUAUCUUCAACCAUCACCACUUCUCCUCCUUCUCCUCUGGUCUACACCCACCAAAAUCUCCCUCUUUCAGAAGAAACCCAAAUCGAGAUUCCGAUUGAAAAGCUCUUUGUGCCACCUGAGACUGACGUUUCAUCGGAAACUGCGAGAAUCUUAAAAGGCUCCAACAUAGUACUUAGUAACUACGCUAGAGAUAAUUCACUCGUUAAGGAUGCUGAGUUUGUGAAAAGCAGUGUUAAAACCGAGGAUUGCCCUGACGAAGGACUUCCAGAAUUCGCUCUAGUGGGGCGCUCAAAUGUCGGGAAAUCGUCUCUCCUCAAUUCCAUUGUCCGCCGGAAGAAACUGGCUCUCACUUCCAAGAAGCCUGGAAAAACCCAAUGCAUUAACCAUUUCAGAAUCAAUGGCAGCUGGUUCCUAGUGGAUUUGCCUGGUUACGGGUAUGCAGCUGCACCAGAGACAUCGAGGACAGAUUGGGACAAGUUCACCAAAGACUAUUUCUUAAACCGCUCUACGUUAGUCUCUGUAUUCCUUCUCAUUGAUGGUAGUAUUCCAGCAAAAAAGAUUGACCUUGAAUAUGCAAGUUGGUUGGGUGAAAAUAAGGUUCCAAUGACACUGGUGUUUACAAAGUGUGACAAGCGUAAAAAGACAAGGCAUGGAGGGAAGAAACCAGAAGAAAAUGUGCAAGAUUUUCUCGAGUUGAUUAGUGCCUACUUCCAAGAAGUUCCUCCCUGGAUUAUGACCAGCAGCAUUACCAACCAAGGCCGAGAUGAGAUUUUACUGCACAUUUCCCAGCUAAGAAACUACUGGCUUAAACAUUAAAACACUUGUCUUUCUAUGCACUUGGUUUACUUAAAUGGAUAAUUAGAGGAGUUAGAAGUUAAUGCAAUUAAGGUGCUAGUUCUAAUAGGA